GGCAGUUUCUCUGCAUUUGUUUCCAGCCUGUGAUUAUUAAUCAGGACUGAGUACCUGGAUUAUCUGAUCUUGUGUGGUUUUUAGAAGCAGGAGUCUCGGGAGCUGGCAGGAGGGUAAUGAACCGUGAGGGUGUCCCCGGGAAGAGUCCGGAGGAGAUGUACAUUCAACAGAAAGUGAGAGUCCUACUCAUGCUUAGGAAGAUGGGAUCAAAUUUGACUGCCAGUGAAGAGGAGUUCUUACGGACGUAUGCAGGUGUAGUGAAUAGCCAACUUAGCCAACUUCCUCAACACUCUAUUGAUCAGGGUGCUGAGGACGUGGUGAUGGCAUUUUCCAGAUCAGAGACAGAAGAUAGAAGGCAGUAACUACGGGCAUCUGAACAACACAGAGGUGGAGAGGGCAAUGAGAUUCCCGAAGAUAAAGGAGAGAAUGGCUGAGCAUUAUCAAGUUCCUUUGCCCACCCCUAAUUUUCCAUGGUAGCCCUUCUCCUCCUUUUCCUUAUUAUUUUGCUUCCCUUUGCCCGACCCUCUGAACAUCUCUCACAGCCAUCUGUUCUGGUAUACUGUUGUUACUCAGCUGGGCUGUGUUCAUCAAGGAUGAAUCAAGAGGUGCAUUUACAAUUGGCUCAAAGGGACAAGACUGUUUGUGAUUGGCUAAAGGAAGACAACUUGUAAACUUGACCAAUGGAAACCUUUAAUUUUAUUUCUGAUUUUAUUUUAUACUUUUACAGAAGUUAUUUUCAAGAUCUGGUGCUUAUUUAGGUCAUUGUUUGUGAAUUUUAAGGGGGUUUGAUUGGCUGCGUAGAACUGGAAACAAAUUGUGAUUGGCUGAUAAUGCAAAUGCUUUCUCUCGAUUGGCUUAAAGGUAUUCUGCCGAUAUCAAAAUUUUCAUUGCAGAAAGCUGAUGUUUUGGUGCAUUGGUUAUUACUUUACAUUUAUUGACUUAGGAGGAAAGAGACAAAUGUGCUUUGCAAUAUUUAUUAUACAUGUGCACACACGUGCUUUGCUUUUUUGAUUGGCUUAAGAACAGUGUUUUUAAUUUUCUGUUGGCUGCAGUGUUUUCCUUGCAAUCAGUUUUUCCAUAUGCAUCUGCUCUAUGGCCUCUAGCUCUUUUUGGAGCAUGCGUCGAAAGCAUAUUGACUUUAAUAAGUCUACCUGUCUCAGCUGGAAUGUAGAGAGCUCAGCAGCCCUGCUUCUGCUUCCCUAUGGGCUGUGCAAUGAACUCCUGCUGACAAACUGGGUAUUCAGGUGGCUUUUCCCUUUGCUUCUGACAGAGGAGCAGUAGAUAGUUUGCAGGAAUUGCAAGAAUAUGAGAUCUAUGGCUCUGACAUUAAUUGCCAAAUUUGUAUAGAGUUAUAAAUGAGUUGUUUAAAAUAGUACAUAUAGCUCUGCUUUAACCCUUUAAUUGCUGCACAGGAUUUGGUUCUCCAGGGAGGGAACAUUAACAACCAUAAACUUGAAUUCAUAUUGCAUGAAAACGUAACAAACUAAGAUCUUUAUCACCUGCAAUAUCAUAUAUGCCUCUAAUACCUGCAACAAUUCAGUUACUGCAUUAACGGACCCAAUUGUGAGUGUAGAGGUGAUGCUUGCAGGUUCACAGACCUUGAGUGAAAGGAGAGGGCCUUAAACAAAAACCUGCCGAGGAAUUCUGAAAGGUGCACUGACUCUUCAGGAAUCUAUACACAGAAUAUUAAAAUCCUGAAGCUCCUAGUGCUGCUGCUUAAAACCCAGCACUUCCUUCUCUAUUUAUGUGCAGUGAAUUUUUACAAUACUUAUACCCUUUGCUGUGGGUUGCACUGAUUUUUAAAAUAUUUCAAACCCUAUUUAAAACAGAAAUCCAUUCAUGUGUUCCUAGUUCCUUUCACACGGUUAACUAUUUGGAGUAACAGCUCAGGAUCUUGGCUGUGACGACAUGACUGUUCUCUGGCAAGAAAUGUCAAAGUUGCAGAUGCUAUUACAAACUUGGCGAAUAAGAGAAACCAAUGGAUUAUGUGUGAGAGAAGAGGGGACUCGUAAGCAUGGGUGAAUUAUUUUGAACAAAUAAAAGUUAUGGGAAAAACUGUAAUUCUGUCUGUUAAAAUGAUCCUUUUGAUUCACAGCAGCUUCGUGAAGUUUCACUGUAAAAUUUAAUCUUGUGCCCCAUUUAUUUGGGCUGGAUGAGAUUUCCCUUAUUGAAACAAUACCAGCGGUGAAACCAAUUGAUUCUUAAAAUUUGAACCAUUUGCCUAAGAGGCGUUAUACUUUAACUUUAGUGCAAAGGGGCAGCCCUUAAAGGGUUAAUUUAAGGGGGUACAUGUGUUUCUGGCUGCUAGCUGGAAUGAAUGGGCUGGAUCGUGGUGGCCUGUCAUUGUCAAGCUAACAUGCAUACUCCAUGUGUAUCUAUGGCAUUUCUGAGCUGUUAUAUCUUUUUAAGAAGAAAAGUGAAGUGUUUCUGUGGUUUAAUCUUUUGACUAAAAAUGUAACUGUUGGGGAAAAUACAGUUUUUAAUAGCUA